GUUAGAGCUACGUCAGCGUCUAGCUUGUAUGCUAACUGUCUGAUACGAAACGAGUUGGUGGUUACCGUCUUAACGCUCAGUUACAAUAAUGCAGCAUUACCACAGCGGCUAGCACUGUCCUAGCCGUUGUGUCGGACGGCAUGACUUGCUAACUAUAGCAAUCUAUUAUAUAACCUGUUACUGCUUUUCCUACUGUAUUUACGAACUAGUUGGUAACAGCGAUGCCAUAUAUUUCACUAUGGUGCAUUGGCUGUGCUAGCGUAACAGCUAACCUAGCUCUAACUAAGUUACAAUUAUAGCAGCAAAUAUGGUAGCCUAAAACAAAUAACUUAUAGCUAGUCACAUUUAUCUUGCCAAUUCGCUUGGUAAUCGGACUAAUGUUAUAGCCAUCUUUUUGUUUAUUAUCUGAUUAAGUUAAGCUUAUUUAGCCCCCGGUCGUUAUACCAGGAUAUUGUUAGCAAUAGGUUCUGUAAUCGGUGUUUAAACCCAUAAAUGUAUGGGGUUUGACAACAACACUAACAAAAAUAACAGUCAGGCAUGACAAGAGGUAGGCUAUACACAGUCAAUUGAAAAGGGUGGAGCGAUUGAUCAGGGAUAUUUGAUCACACAGGAAGAGGGAGGGCUGCAGCUUAUCUCAGGACCCAGGGGAAAUAAUCCACUCACCUAGCUAAACUUGCAGGAUGCUGCACACAAACGUAUUAUACUAGCCAAAAGAUUGCCAAGAUUCACCAUUUGAAUUUGAGAUGCUUUUUGUAACCAUAUUUUAACCUAAACUGGUCACAUUCCUGGGAUUGUCCACUAGAUGCAAAGGAUGCAUUCAGUGCUGCACAAGACUAUUUAGGAUGAUCAAAAAUCAGGAAGAAGACGAGUUCAUUGCUGUCCGAGUCCAAGACCCACGGGUUCAGAAUGAGGGCUUUUGGAAUUCCUAUGUGGACUUCAAGAUAUUUCUACAUACCAAUAGCAAGGCCUUCACGGCAAAGACCUCAUGUGUGCGCCGUCGCUACAGCGAAUUUGUGUGGCUGAAGAAGAAGCUCCAGAAGAAUUCAGGGCUUGUUCCUGUUCCCGACUUGCCGGGCAAGACGCUUUUCUUCACUUUCAGCAAUGAAGACGUCAUCGAGAGGAGGCGGCAUGGCCUGCAGAACUUUCUGGACAAGGUGGUGCACAUGACUGUUUGCCUCUCGGACAGUCAGCUGCACUUGUUUCUGCAGACGCAGCUUCCCGUGGGCCACAUUGAAGACUGUGUGCAGGGACACACCCCCUACACUGUGACUGACGCAAUCCUCACCUAUGCCUCUUCCAAUCGCGGUUGGGCUCAGGAGGAAGAGAGUGUGGUCCAGGAACCAAGCCUCCUUUCGGUUUCAUAUGAAUCCGUGGACAGCCCUGCUCCUCAUCUACCUACCUUUAAAAAUGAGGAAACCGUUGAGUUCAGGGCUAGUGUGACUGAAACCCACAAGAGGGAUUUCCAAGAGACCUGCACUGAUGAAAUCAGUCAUCAUGCCAACACCUGUGUCAUUAGGGGAACUGACACUAGUGUUGUAAAGAAAUGCAUUAAUGUGGAGGAUGUCCUAAAAGUUGAUGUCCAUGAGACUAACACCUGCGUGAUUAAGGGAAGUGAUACCAGAGUUGAAGAGGAAUGCAUUCAUGAGGAUGAUGUCUUAAAGGUUGAUGUCCAUGAGACUGAGUCCUGUGUGCCUGGGAAAAUGGAGGCAGCCAUUGAGGAGAAGGACCCCUGUGAGGAACAUACUUUCAAGGAAGAUGUCCAGGAGAUCAAUAUCUGUGUGUUAGGGGCAAUGACGGGUGGUAUCUGGGAACAGGAUGCCAGUGAGGAUCCUGUCCAUGAAGCCAGUGUCCACGAGAACAACUCUGAUGCUGACUCCAGACCUGACCUGUUGGACUCUGACACUUUUAUUAUAGAGGCCCCUCCAGCUCAAGUAAAUGAGAGAGCCAUGAAAGAGAAAAAUGUCAGAGAGGAAGAUGUCCACCAGGAAGAUGUCCAGGAGACCAACACCUGUGUGACUGAAGCAAUGGAAGGUACCAUCCAGAAGAAGGAUUACAGCGAGGAGUCAGUCUAUCAGGCCCAUGAACAUGACUGCAAAUCUGAUGUUCAGGAUUUGAAGGAAAAUGAAGGUCUUGAUGAGAGCGAUGUCCAUGAAGCCAACAUCUGCUUGAUGUUACCUAGAGGUAGUGAGGCCAGCUGCAAAGAAAAGCACAGUAAUGAGGGUGGUGUUCAAGUGGUUAAUAAUUAUAAGACCAGCAACCGUGUGAUUGAAGGAAAGGAGGACCCUACCAUGGAGGAAAACUGUGAGGAAGAGCACAAGGUAGAUGUCCGUGUGACUAAUAUCUGUGUGGUUGGGGAAACUGGGCACCGUGUCACAGAGAGGGACACCAAUCAUGAGGAUGUCUACAGGGUAGUUGCCAACGGGAGCAGCAUCUCCCUCAAUAGGGCAAUGGCGAUCUCUGAGAAGGACACCAACGAGAUUGCCUGUGAAACCAGUGCCCCCAAGGCCAAUGACCAUGAGGAUGAAUCCUUUUCUGAAUCCACUUCUGACUCCAGAUCUGAUGCUGAGAACGUGGUCCCCAUUAUCACUCUUUCUGACACCCAUGAGGUAGACACCAAUGAAGAUGUCCAUAAGACCGACGCUUACAAUACCAGCACUGGGACAGCUGAUGUCUGUGAGCUGGACUGCCUUGUGUUAAAAGUCAGUGAUGAUAUCCCGGAGAAGGCGUCCUAUGAUGCCAAGGCCAACACCGUAUCUGGGGUCAGCGAGCCUGGUCUUCAUGAAGGCUUACAAGACCCUCACGGCAACCCCAUUGAAGGCCAUUGUGCCAGAAGCUAUGCCAUCAUCCACAAGCUAGAUGACUGCAAAGCAGAUGUUCCAGAGACAGGGAACCAGGAGCUUGAGCCCCCUGAGAUGGACAACCACACUGGCUUCAAUGGCCAACUAGAAGGAAAACUCUCUAACUACUGAUCGGGUAGGUUGAUGUAGGUUUUCUAUGCGGUGUGCACUGAAAGAUCAAAGAACAAUAACUGAAAUCCAGGUGGGCAGUGUAGUGCUGUUGCUGACCACUGAAGUAGUCUCUGUACUUCUCAGGACUGAAGUGGAGUGCGGUGGUGUCCCUUGCAGCAUACAGGGAUGUUCUUUAACUGGCCGCCUUUACCAUUGGACAUUAAAACGUUUUGUUAUAGCUGUCAUUACAGCUGAGCUCAGUCACAGGGCACCUGUAGCCAUUAUUCAAGCCUUCUUCAAGAGAAACCCAUUGUUGCAUCGACGAAAAGACCUGCUGUCUACACUCGGGCUCGAUUUUCUGGAUUUUUACAAGGGAAGGUAAAUUAACACAAUCGAUUUUUAUUGUGUCAAACUCAUUCCCCAGAUACUGAAGAAGUGCCCUUGUGGCAGCAACGGAUCCUUUCAUUGAGGAAUUACUUGUAGUUAAUGCUUGUGAUGUCAUUCGUCUGUACAGAUUGGUGCCCCAGUGCUUUGGGUUUGCAUUAACUGGGGGAAAUUGGCUUGGGGACCAGUGAUGUAGUAUUUGAAUGUUUGGUGUUCUUUGAGCCUGCAGUGUCACAUUUAUUUCUCUAAUGUACAAAGGGAAUCAAAGUCUGUGUGCCCUUCUCUAGCUUGCCGUCUUCAAAAUGGUGCUAGUGCUAAUGCAUGGCUCAGAUUUGUAUAACUGAUGCAUCUUGGAUACGUUUGAGGGAUCUCUGUAGGCCUACCAAUCUGUUCCAGAUACUAGUUAGUUUAAAAAGUGGCUCCUUGAUAUAAACAGCUGAUAGGCAUUAUGAAUAGCAGUCUCUAGUCUAGUGUGUAUGAAACUGUGUGUGAAGUUUGUACUCUUGGUCUCUGUUGGCCUCUGGGACAAGUCUGCUAUCUUUAACUCCUUACCCAGCCCAUGCAUUCCAUAGUUUUUUGUUUGUCUCCUGAUCAUAAUGUAGGAUUUUACAUUUUAAUGGCGGAUAUGUUUAGGUCCAUACUGAUGUUUUCAGGUGAGUGAUUGGACAUAAACACCAUUUGGAAAGUGGUUUACAAAGCCUUGACCUCAGAUGAAAAAUAAUUAUGUACUGUAUGCUAAAUGAGUAUAGAUUUCAUUCAAUUUAUUUAACCACGGGUAGUCAGGAACGAAGAGCUGUUUUUGUGUGUGCUUGCGAGUGCCCGUUCGUGUGAGAUGAGGUUAGUACCAUUUUGAUAUUGCAUUUAAACAGUUCUGGAAGCUUCUCUGGGGGGGGAUGACUCGACUGCAUUCCUUUUGUUCCAUUGCUCUGUGCCCCAGAGCAAGUCACAACAGAGAGAGGAGUGAACCUUUCCCAUCGUGAGUGGUUUCCAUGGUUACAUAUACAAUCCCCCAGGCCUAUCCCUCCAGACCGCAGCGGGGAUGUGGUCCUAGGAGGUAUGUAGCACACUCAUUGUGAUACUGUGGCACUACAGCAGUGUAGCAUUGCUGUUAUCCUCCACAGUAUUGUGAGAAUGUUGUGAUAGCCCUCCCAUCUCUGCAUGCUAGGUGGAGUGGUUUUGUGCUAACCACAGGAUUGUUGCCUUUAAAAAAAAAAAAAAAAAAAGAAGGAAAGAAAAUAAACUUUUUCUGGUUUUAUUGACAAUGAGGAAUUAGUGAUGUUACACAAACCUAGUUCAGCCAUUCUGUUCUCAAGUAUAACUAAAUAUGUGGAAAUCUGUCUUCUGUCUGUGCACACAUCUGUUUUGUGCUAUUUUUAAGGGAACUGUUCAUACACUAUUCACCAAUUUAGUCUUGUUAUUUCAAGUUCUGAAAGGGUUGAAAUUCUUCUCUGAGCCAACCAAAUAGGGAAAGCGUGAUUUGUGUGCUGAGGAAUCAAUCUUCUGCUGUGCACAUGAAUGAGUAUGUUAGAUUGUAGAGGGUACUUACAGUGCAGGUUUCACUGUGAUUCUGUUACAUAUAUUUUGUACACGUCAUGACACUAACUCAUUCGGAACUACACGCCUGGAUGUUAAAGCAUGCUUCCUUGUUCUCCAUUUUAUCCAGUUUUAUUCCAUUCUUUCAUGUUUUCCUUUGUAUAUGUUUUGGUUUCAAACACAUGAACAUGUAUUAUUUAAUUUGAUAAAUUGUGGAACGCUACCAAUAUGUAUAGAAAUAGUUUUUAAAUAGAUUAUUUUAAUGAUCUUUGUGCACAAAGGUGACUUUAACCAUGCUUUCGUUUGUACAUGGAGUUUUAUUGCGUAGGGUUUUCAUUAAUGCUUGUAGUCUCUCAACUGGAAUACUCCGUGAAGCCAUGCCGUAUGCAACAAAUGCAUUUGUCAACAUUACUUUGAAACCUGAGAUGCACUUUAUCAUGGGAAAUAAAAUGUUUUGAAACCCCUCUU